AUGGCGCAAUUGGUCCACCCCAUUGCAAACAGUGCAUUUGUGCUGAGCAUCGACACUAAUUUCGACAGUUGCAUAAAGCUGAUAAGAGAAAUGACAGGACCCGACCCAAAUUCCACUUUGUUUGGGUUAUUACAAGAAAUCACAGCCGAAUUCGAUUGGGAAGUCCCCCAUUGGGUCAUUAUUCCUCGUGGCAAUCUUGACUUCAUAUGGCAUGGCUUUGAGAUUGGCGAUGGUGCUCUUGGAGUAGACAUCGAAUACCCUAAUGCAACUGUCGAGCGAAGCCGAGGCCAUGAUGUGGCGGAAGGGGUGAGCCGCCAUAGAAGCGACUUCGAGGCAGUGGCCGAUCAUUUUGCCCCGGUUCACCAGCUCGUCUGA